AAAGCAACGUCAAUCCCUAAUAUAAAGGCAGCGGGGCUUUCCAGGAUGCUACCUCGUUCGCGAGGUUUGCUCGGAGAUUACUAACUGCUGCAAUGACAUGCAACGCCGAUUUCCUCCCUCGACCUGGACAGUACAUCUCAAGACAGAUCGAAGAAGCCAGCUUUUCCGCACCGAGAGAUUGCUCAGUUGAAGAUUGUCCCCGCCGAAAGGCAUCCUGGCUUUUCAGGAUGCUGCCUCGCUCGCCGAGGUCUGUUCGGGGACUACACACUAACUUCUAGGAUUUGCCAACACCCGGUCGACAAUCAUCUACGGGGCCAAUCAUUGCGGUGUGAGUACCAGCUACCAUCAUGACGGUGUUAACAUUCGUGUCACAGGAUCUCUCGACUGCAACAUCUGAAGAGAAGACUGAUGGAACCAAGAGAUCAUACGCAGUCUCCCGGACAUGCCCAGCACUGAUCUUCGUAAUACAUGUUCUGUUUAAGAACUCGUCCCCGCCGACAGGCACGCUGGCUUUGCAGGGUGCCACCUCGUUCGCCGAGGUCUGUUCGGGGACGAUGUACUAACAUCUAGGACUUGCGAACAACCGCCCGACAACAUUCAUCAUAUAUAUGUAGGCUCGCGGUGCCACCCCCGACUAUCUGAUUGACGUCGAGCCUGGUCUGAUCUGUCGUACGGAACCUCUUCACAUCAUCACGACAUCAGAAUUAGCUAGGUCAUGCCCACACACCAAAUUAAUUGCUGACGAGAUCUGCAGAUGUCUUCCGACUGGGACGCAAGUCAUUGACUGGACGACAUGAACGCAAUCCAGCAUGAAAGGCGCGACGACACCCGCAAUUCGAGCCACGCCCGUGCUCCAGACUGCACCUUUCCAGAUUGACGACACAUCCACUUCGGAAUAUCUACUCGACGCUAUCUGACGACGAGCGACCCUCCCGACGACGCAAGGCCGCGAAUGGAAACGCAAGGAGCUGCAGGGAGAGGAAGUUUCGCACGCAUCUCCGUUUUAUCUCCGAUGAUCGCUGAAUUCUCGUUUCUAGUAGGGCAGAUUGACAAAGGUAUCGCGUGGUCGGCGCGUGUUGCCGUGGAGGUAGAACUUGAAGAGAACGUGUGAGGGACGAGUCAACCCGAUGUGAGUAUACCUAUCUCCAUAACGGUGCUGACAUAUACAGGCUCUGUUUAGAAUCGUCCCCGCCGAAAGGCAUCCUGGCUUUUCAGGAUGCUGCCUCGCUCGCCGAGGCCUGUUCGGGGACUAUAUACUAACUUCUACCACGUGAACAGCGCGAAUUCCUUCCCCACUCAUCGCCCUCCUGAUAUCCCAUGUGCUACGAAUCUAGGUGACCAUCCAUUCCCUCCCCGCAGCGCUACUGAAUAUGUCCUAGUAUUCAACAUUCCCCGACACUCGUCCAGGCUCGACGCGAACAAGACACCGAAACGACCACGAAUCUCCGGAACAAGCUUGGCACCGACUUCAGCAACGGGUAAGGUUGCUUAAACCCCGCUCCCCUCCCCCUGAGUUGAAAGCAUCCUGGCUUUGUGGGAUUCUGGCUCGUUCGCCGAGGUGUGCUCGGGGAGUACUGACUUCUUCUAGGACUUGGAAAACGGGAAACCGAUUCCUCCCUCGCUGUUGCCUCCACCUCAACAUCUCGCAUGUCCCGACCUGUGCGCUCUGAAAUCUAGCUGAGCACCCAUUCACUCGCCAUUCACUCGCCGCACUGAUGUUGACUGUAUUCCAGUACUCAAUAUCCUCCAGCACUGGUCGACUCGAACAAACCAUUCAAAUUCGUCAAGAUCCCGGAAUAGGCUUCAGGCACCGAGCUCACUGGUAAGGUAUAAGUUUGUCUAACACCGCCCCCGAUCUGCAAGAGCAUCCUGGCUUUGCAGGAUGCUACCUCGUUCAACCAAGGCCACGCGGGGAUCAAGCAGCGAAGUAUGUAGCAUAAUCUGGAUGGACUCUCGCCU